GGCCGCUAGCUUGUGCUGAUUAGCUGGAGUGGGGGUACAGCAUUCUGUCGGAUGAACUCUUUACGAUGGAUGAUGAAGAUUUGGACGAGUUGCUGGAUGAAGUCGAGAAAAAGUUUUGUCGCAACGUUUCAAUCGCGUCCUCAGCGGCUCGCACCAACUCAAAUGUGAUUGGAAAAGACGAGAAAGACAAAGACGGACAGAAAAAGCACGGUGCCACAAAGCCUAAACGGUCAGUGAACAGUGUCACUGAGGAUAUUGACGCCCUGCUAGAGGAAUUACAGGAGGAAGACUGCAGUCAUUUCCCUCAGCCAAAGGCUGAGCAGUUUCCUAAAGGGCCACAUGUGGAAAAGAGGCUUCCAUCUCAGUCGGGAGGGAGAAAGUGCUGUCCUGUUUUUAUUGGCGGGAGCUCUGUCGCAAAUGGUGUCGGAACAGCCGCAUCCAAGAGAUCAUGUGACCAGCUGAGGUGUAUAUCCUGCGACUUUCGGGUGCUGAUGUUUGAUGACUGUGAGUGGGAUUCAACCUGUGAUUACCUGUUUCUCAGGUAACAGUGUGAAACUGAAUGAGGCCAAUUUAUUGAUGCAG